AUGCCCCGUGCCUUUCUGGUCAGGAGUCGGCGUCCACAGCCACCCAACUGGAACCACCUGCCUGACCAGCUCCGGGGAGACACCUAUGUCCCAGACUGCAGGAACCGGGGUGGGCCGCAGGCACACCGGACUUCCGACCUUGGGGGCUCUUGGGCAGCGCCCUCCCAGGGCACUCUGACCGCCACCCCUAGUAGCCCCGGGACCCUUGGCUGCCCGCUGUGCCCCAAGGCCUUCCCGUUGCAGCGCAUGCUAACCCGGCACCUCAAGUGCCACAGCCCUGCUCGCCGCCACGUAUGCCACUGCUGUGGCAAGGGCUUCCAUGACGCCUUCGACCUCAAGCGCCACAUGAGGACACACACAGGGAUCCGGCCGUUCCGCUGUGGAGCUUGUGGGAAAGCAUUUACGCAGCGCUGCUCACUUGAAGCACACCUCGCCAAGGUGCACGGGCAGCCGGCCAGCUACGCUUACCGCGAGCGCCGUGAAAAGCUACACGUGUGCGAGGACUGCGGCUUCACCAGCUCGCAGCCCGACGCCUUCGCGCGGCACCGCGCUCUCCACCGCACUGCCUAG